AUCUGCCAAGCCAUUGCAGGAGACAUGCGCCGACACCUGCGGUCAAAGGCGAGAGAACACUACCGCGGCGAGGACGCGGUGCCGACCAUGGCCGCCGCCAUCUUCCGCAAUGCAGUUCGACGACAGCGCAAAGAAGACAGAGUUCAAGAUGCAGGAGCACAGGUGAUCGACGCCGCGCAACGGGCUUUCUCGCAGACGGCUGGCGCGCGCGCCGCGGCAAAGUGCAAG